AUGAAGCUUGGAAAAUGGGUCUCAAACUCGUCACGCAUUUCUGAAGCAACGCUCACUUCUGAAGGAAAAGGAUUCCAUUCAACAGCGAAGGUUCUUGGCAUCCAUUGGGAUCCAAAGCAAGAUACGCUCUCAUUCAAAGUUUGCCUUUCAUCAAAUCCGAAGAACUCUAAGCGACAAGUGCUGUCUGAUGUGGCACGCAUCUUUGACCCGCUGGGUGUCCUAUCGCCAGUGGUGGUACAAUUCAAAAUUUUGUUUCAAGAAUUGUGGCUUCUUGAUCUCUGCUGGGAUACGGAACUUCCUCCAAAAGUCGCUGAAUGGUGGAACAAAUGCCGUAACGACUUGAAUGCACUACAAGAGCUACGUAUGCCAAGAUUUAUUGACAACAAGGAAAAUCACAUCGAACUGCACGGAUUUUCGGAUGCUUCUAUCAAGGCGUAUUCGGCAGUUGUCUACAGCAGAUUAGUACGCUCAAAUGGUACUGUUUCUGUGUCACUCAUAGCAGGAAAAACCACAGUUGCUCCGCUGAAGCAGCAAUCACUACCGCGCCUCGAGCUGUGUGGAGCUCUGCUACUUAUCAAUCAAAAUGCUCUACAACACAAGGACAUCGUCAUACAUGCGUGGUGCGACUCAACCAUCGUUUUGGCAUGGCUUUCACACCCACCAUCGAAGCUCAAAACAUUUGUGGCAAACCGAACGACAGAAAUACUCGAUACUAUACCUCGCAAUGCCUGGAAUCAUGUAAAUACUAAGGAAAAUCCUGCUGAUUGCGCCACGCGAGGCAUGCUGGCUGCAGAACUCAUUCAUUUCGACCUGUGGUGGAUGGGUCCUCCAUGGCUGCAAGAUCAAGAAAAACUCGAGGUAAAGUUGAGCUGCCAAAAGUUCUGUUCUUCUAUUUCAGAAAACCAUGGUAAAGAAGAGGUGAAGACCACCGCACUGACUACUCAUGAGGUCAUCUUAUUGUCACCGAUCGAAGCACUGGCUCAGCGGGUCUCAUCCUGGACAAAAAUGAUGCAGGCUGUUCGCAUUCUUUGCCUUCAAGAGGCUCAGAAAUGCUUCAAGAACGACUACAAUCUACUGAUGGAGGACAAGCCACUUCAGAGCCGCUCCCAGCUCAUCAAGCUUUCACCGAUCAUUAGCAAGGAUGGCCUUCUUCGACAUUACAAGGAUGAUUAUGGAACACGAACAUGCGUCAAAUCUGCACCCUGGAGUUUUAGCACUUUUUGUCAUUAUCCGCCAAAAAUAUUGGGUCUUUGGCGCACGCAACCAAUCAUAAGGACUCUGGUGCCCAAUUGCAUCAAAUGCAAGGAAAGAAGAGGGCGAAAUCCAUGGAAAACUAAGGGCUACAUAUGUCUGUUUGUCUGCCUCGUAACAUCAGCCAUUCACUUGGAACUGGCCACCGAUCUCAGCACAGACACCUUCAUAGCAUGUCUUCGUCGUAUCAUGUCUCUGCGUGGGAAAUGUUCUCAAACGGGACGAAUUUUGUUGGUGCCAAGCGGGCUUUAG